AUGGAGAGUCAAGACUGUGCUGAGCCUAUGUCUCCCUGGGAGGCGUCGCUGAAUGGGGCCCGGCCCGCUGACUGCCAGGACUUCCUGAAACACAGUCGCGAAUUCUUGGACUUCUUCUGGGACAUUGCGAAGCCGCAGCAGGAGACACGGCUUGAGGCCACGGAGAAGUUGCUGGAGUAUCUGCGCACAAGGCCAGAGGGCUCCGAGAUGAAAUAUGCCCUGAAGCGUCUAAUCACUGGACUCGGGGUUGGGCGAGAAACCGCUCGGCCCUGCUACAGUCUGGCCCUGGCUCAGCUCUUGCAGUCUUUUGAAGACAUCCCCUUGAGCAGCAUUCUGGAGCAGAUAAAAGAAAAAUACGACCUGCAGAAGGUGAAGAAGGCAAUGAUGAGACCCGCUCUCUUUGCAAACCUGUUCGGGGUACUAGCCCUCUUUCAGUCAGGCCGGCUGGUAAAGGACCAGGAGACACUGAUGAGGUCGGUGAAGCUGCUGCAGGUCCUGGCCCAGCACCACAAUCACUUGCAGGAGCAGCCCCAGAAGGCCCUGGUGGACAUCCUUUCCGAGAUCCCGGAGGCCAUGUUACAGGAGGUCCUGGCAAAGGUCCUCAAGGCCAACUUGAACGUGGUACUCAGCUCCCCUGAGCACCUAGAGCUCUUCCUCCUGGCCCAGCAAAAGGUGCCUACGAAACUUGAAAACCUCAUGGGUCCAGUCGACCUAUUCUCCAGCGAGAACAUUCCCAGGUUAGUGAACGUGCUGAAGGUGGCCGCCGCCGCCGUCAAGAAGGAGCACAAGCUGCCUGCUGUGGCUCGGGAUCUGCUCCACCUGGCAUUUAAGGAGGACAAGUUCCCACUCUUCUGGAAGGAGGUAGUGGAAGAAGGACUGCUGAAGAAACAGUUCUGGCCAGCCAGCUAUCUGUGUUUCCGCCUGCUGGGCACAGCUCUGCCGUUGCUGUCCCUGGAGCAGCUGCAGCUGGUGAUGCGAGGCAACCUGAUCCGCCACUACGGGGAACACCUGGUCACUGCUAAGGUCCCAAACCAGUUCAAGUUUGCCCCCGAGAUGCACGAGUACGUGGACACCUUCCUUGAGGGCUGCCGGGAAGACCCUGAGCGGCAAUUAGCCCUGCUGGUGGCCUUCUCUUCUGUCACCAACCAAGGCCUCCCUGUCAUGCCUACCUUCUGGCGGGUCGUGAGGUUCCUGAGUCCCCGUGCCCAGCAGGACUACGUGGCCUGGCUACAGGACAUGUUUCUCCGGCCCGACCUGGACUCCUUGGUUGACUUCAGUACCCCCAACCAGAAGAAAACCCAGGAUGCGUCCUUGCACGUGCCUGAGCGGGCUGUGUUCCGGCUGCGCAAAUGGAUCAUCCUCCGGCUGGUCAGCAUUGUGGACACCUUGCAGCUGGAGACGGAAGAGUCCUUGGUGGAACAGGUGGCCAGGUUUUGUCUGUUCCACUCGUUCUUUGAGACAAAGAAGCCCACAGUCCAGAUCCCAGAGACCAAGCAGCAGUUGUCCUUCCCUCUGGAGAGCCGGACCCGAGAGGUUGUCAGCAGCGCCUUCUUUAGUCUGCUGCAGACCCUCAGCACACAGCCCUGGCUGACCCAGGCCCGUACCCAGGGUAAGCAGCCCUGGGCUUCCCGCCUGGUGCAGUUGGCAGACCAGCUGUUGAACCACAGCCGCAACGUGGCCACCGUGGCCCCCUUCACUACAAAGCAGCGCCAGGCCUGGGACCGGAUGCUGCAGACUCUGAAGGAGCUGGAGGCCCACUCCUCUGAGGCCAAGGCCACUGCCUUCCAGCACCUGCUGCUCCUGGUGGGCAUCCACCUCUUCAGGUCUCCCGCAGAGAGCUGUGACUUGCUCGGUGACAUCCAGACCUGCAUCAAGAAGAGCCUGGCAGAGAAGACCCGCCGGACCCGCUCCAAGGCCACCAGUUCCCAGGAGCCGCCGUGGGUGGAGGUGCUGGUCGAGAUCCUGCUGGCCCUCCUGGCCCAGCCCAGUAACCUGAUGCGCCAGGUGGCACGGAGUGUGUUUGGCCACAUCUGCUCCCACCUGACACCGCGGGCCCUGCAGCUAAUCCUGGAUGUGCUGAACCCCGAGGCAAGCGAGGACGAGGACGACAAUGUGGUGGUCACUGACGAUGCUGAUGAGCAGCAGCUAAAGGACACAGAGGACAAGAGCUCAGAUAGUGAAGAAGACAAAAACUCAGAGAGCGAGGAGGAAGAGGAGAGCGAGGAGGAGGAUCGCGACAAGGAUGUGGACCAGGGCUUCCGGGAGCAGCUGAUGGCCGUGCUGCAGGCUGGGAAGGCGCUGGGUGGAACGGACAGCGAGGAUGAUGAGGAGGAACUGGGGGACGAGGCCAUGAUGGCCCUGGACCAGAACCUCGCCAGCCUCUUCGCCGAGCAGAAGCUGCGCAUUCAGGCCCGGAGGGACGAGAAGAACAAGCUGCAGAAGGAGAAGGCACUCCGGCGGGACUUCCAAAUCCGGGUGUUGGACCUGAUCGAGGUGCUGGUGACCAAGCAGCCCGAGAACGCGCUGGUCCUGGAGCUGCUGGAACCGCUGCUGAGCGUCAUCCAGCGCAGCAUGCGCAGCAGCAGCAGCAAGCAGGAGCAGGACCUGCUGCACAAGACGGCCCGCAUCUUCACGCACCAACUGUGCCGCGCCCGGCGCUACUGCCAGGACGUGGGUGACUACGUGGAGACGCUACACGCCCAGGUGCAGCGGCUGGUGCAGCAAGCUGGCCGGCAGGCCGAGUCCGCGGUCGCCCUCUACUACUUCAACGCCUCUCUCUACCUGCUGCGGGUCUUGAGGGGCAACACCGAGAAAGGUGCCCGGCAGAAGCAGAGAGAGAGCACCAACGCCAGCUCCCAGCCGAAGGGCGCACAGGCCGCCAGUUGCUUGGACUUGAGCCUCGUGGCCCCUGUCUACUCAGCAGCCCUGAGCUCCUUCCUGACCAAGCGCAACAGCCCACUCUCCGUUCCCAUGUUCCUUAGCCUCUUCUCCCGGCACCCGGUGCUCUGUAAGAGCCUGCUGCCCGUCCUGGUCCAGCACAUGGCAGGCCCAACACGGCCUCGGCAACAGGCUUGUCUGCUGCUACAGAAGACCCUGACCACGCGGGAGGUGAGAGCCUGCUUCGAGGACCCCGAGUGGGAGCGGCUGAUCGGCCAGGUGCUGACGAAGGUCACUGAGAACCUGCGGACGCUGGGGGAGGCACAGAGCAAGUCGGAGCAGCAGAAGGAGCUGUUCUCCCUGGAGCUGCUCAACUCCCUCUUCAAGACAAUUAAUCACGAGCUGACCGUGGACCUGACCGCUCUCCUGGCCAUGCUGCAGGGGCAGCAGAGCCUGCAGCAGGGGGAGUGCCCUGCCGGGACCAGCCGCCUCUGCGACCUCUACUGGCAGGCCAUGAAGUACCUGGGAGUCCAGCGUCCCAAGUUGGAGAAGAAGGAUGCCAAGGAAGCCCCCAGUGCCACCGAGAGCCCCGUUAGCAUGAAGCGGAAGAAAAAGGGAUUUUUGCCAGAGACAAAGAAGCGGAAGAAACGCAAGUCAGAGGAUGUUUCGCAAGAGGCAGAUGCCAAGCCUGCAGCUCCUGGCGGGGAACAGCCCCCCAGCACAGGCAAGAAGAAGAGGAAGAAGAAGAAGAAGGCCAAGGUCCCGGCCCAGGCCCAGGCGAAUGGGAUGCCUGCCACCCAGAGUCCCGCCCCUGACACCCCCACCCUGAACCCCGACACCCCAGCCAAGACCCCUAAGCUGCAGAAGAAAGCCCAAAAGCUGUCCCAGGUGAAUGGAGCCUCUCCCCUGUCCCCCUUGGAGCCUGCAGGCAAAAAGCAGCAUCAGAAAUCUCUUUCUAAAAAGGGCGUCUUGGGCAAGUCGCCACAGUCCGCCCUGCUGCGGAAAAAGGCAAGGCUGUCUUUGGUCAGCAGGAGCCCCAGCCUGCUCCUGAGCGGGGCCAGGAAAAGAAGGGCCACCUGAGGAAGGUGAGAACACCCUGAGGCAGGCCUGCCUCAUCCCCUACCCCGUCAGCCCCAGAGACACCUAUUUUUUUCACCAUGAUUUUAAUAAACAAGCCAGUCUGAGGCACGAGCUUC